GGAAAGAGUUUCGCAACCAAAAGCAAACUUAAGAUUCACAAAAUGAUCCACACUGGAGAGAAACCAUUCACAUGCACUCAGUGUGGGAAGAGUUUCAACCAAUUAUCUCACCUUAAUUAUCACAUGAUGAUCCACACUGGAAAGAAACCAUUCGCAUGCACUCAGUGUGGGAAAAGUUUUAACUGCUCAUCACACCUUAAUCAACACAUGAGGAUCCACACUGGAGAGAAACCAUACGCAUGCACUCAGUGUGGGAAAAGUUUUAACCAAUCAUCUCACCUUAAUUAUCACAUGAUGAUCCACACUGGAAAGAAACCAUUCACAUGCACUCAGUGUGCGAAGAGUUUCAACCAAUCAUCACACCUUAAUCAACACAUGAGGAUACACACUGGAGAGAAACCAUACGCAUGCACUCAGUGUGGGAAGAGUUUUAACUGCUCAACAAACUUUGAUAACCACAUGAGGAUCCACACUGGAGAGAAACCAUUCACAUGCACUCAGUGUGGGGAGAGUUUCAGCAAAUCAUCACACCUUAAUAAACACAUUGAAGGAACUCAUGGGCAUAUUGCAGUGGUCAACACGAGUUGAAACUGAAAUCUUGGGCAUCUGCAAAUUGUCUCAGUCAUUGAACUGGCUUAAGGGCUUAAACCAUCAUGAUAACAAAGCACCAAUUGAUUUUGGGUUAUUCUGACCAAUACUCUGGCUGCAGAUGUUCCAGGUACCCUUCAGCAAAAUUAGUAAAUGAUUUAAACUAAACAAAGGAGCUUUACGGGAUUUUCAGCAGGAACUGCCUCACAAGACUUUUGAAUGACAUUGAAAUUGUGCAUCCUGUCAGAUGCACAAUUUCUUAGAGACGAAGAGAUCUCUAGAAACAUUAAUGCAUACAAAUGAAAGUAAAUCUCUUAAAAUGUUAGAACUAAGGCAGAUGUAUUUUUGAAUAAUAUCCCAUAAUGUUCCUCAUAUGCUGUGGUUAUUUCAACCAACCAGGUUAAUCAAUGUGUUGUUUUAACCCUUAAAGCAGAUUAAAUUGAUCUGCGUGUGUCUGAAAUGUAUGAGAUCUGGUCUUGAAUGAAAGCUAGUGACAUUUGCAAUCUGUUGGUGUAAAUGAAAAACUAGUAGUACAAACAGUAUUCGUCUUGUAACAUUUGAUGUAAGAUAGUUUCAAUCUUGCAAGAGUUCUUCCCCGUGAAAUCUACAUGCAGUGUGUUAAUGAUUGACCCCUUCUACGUCGGCACGGGGUGUGGCCCCGCCCUUCAUGGCAAUUGCUCAUUGGCAGACAGUGCCAUAGGGAUGGAUCAGACCAGGUCACUUAAAGACACCCUGCAACAAAGGAAAUUUGCUUUGAAACUUCCGCAAACCGACUUUCAUCAGUCCGUCACCUCAGUAACCCAGAACUACCCACCCACAAGCGAGGGAAUUCCAAGGACGUCACAGAAGCCACCAGCCAAUCAGGAGCACUGUGUUUCCCCAAGGCCAGCUGGCGAGGGAGAUUCAUCUUCAGCAAAAGUGCAAGUAACAAACAAAUGUUGUCUCUUGCUGAUCUGGUGCAGAUUGAUCUUAAACAGUUAAAGAUAAGCUAUAUCUCUGCUUUUGUGGUUUCUCAAGUGUUAUUCUAAGAUCUUGUUAGAAGUAUUAGAAUUAAUUUGGGAUGGUUGUCAACUCAUUUUACAUCCUCUGAACUGCCUCUGUGUGUGCGAGUUUGUUUGUUGUUUGCUUAUUAUGUAUUGAGUUUCAUGUAUGGUAGUUUAGCUCAAUAAAUCUUUGUUCUCAU